AACACAUUUGGUUUGAAGGCUGCUCAGAUCGGACCAAACCCAUGAUGCUUUCUUCUUCUUCCUCUGGUUCUAAUGGUCAAUGGAAAUACAAUGUGUUCUUGAGCUUCAGAGGGGAAGACACCCGCGGCCGCUUCACAGACCAUCUCUACAAAGCCUUAAUACACAAAGGAAUCUCCACCUUCAGAGACGAAGACGAGAUCGAAGAAGGCACAGACAUUUCUUCCGAUCUCUCCGCCGCCAUUGAAGCGUCCAGAAUCGCGCUCGUUGUGGUUUCAGAAAACUACGGUUCGUCAAGGUGGUGCCUUGAGGAGCUGGAUAAGAUCUUUGAGUGCCACCAAAGGCUUGGGAUGCUGGUGUUGCCAAUCUUUUAUAAAGUGGAUCCUUCUCAUGUUCGGAAGCAGACAGGAACAUUUGCAGAAGCUUUUGCUAAACAUGAACUCAGAUUUGGAGAACAUAACCCGAAGAUCCACAAAUGGAGGCACCUUCUUACACACUUCGCCAACCUCAAAGCUUGGCUUUCCCAACCUUGGUGUUCAAAGCUGAAGAAGAUCCCAGAAUUUUCAGGCAACACAAAUAGAUUAUUGGAACUCUAUUUGGAUGGCACCUCCAUAUCAAGCUUACCUUCAUCAAUAGCAAGCUUGGAUCAUCUAAGAGUGUUGAGCUUAACCAAUUGCAAAAAUCUUAUCAACAUUUCAAACGCGUUGGAUAAGAUGACAUCUCUCAAAAGCUUAAAUCUUUGGGGAUGUUCAAAGCUUGGAAAUAGAAAACGAAAGUGGGGCGACACCGUAACGGCAGAGCUUGACGUGAGACAAACCGUACAAAGAACGGACGACGGAGACAAUAUCUUUAGAAACAUUUUUCUUUGGUUAUGCAAAGCUCCAACGAGUGGCAUUUUUCGGAUUCCAUCACUGGCUGGUUUGUACUCUCUUACAAGCCUAAAUUUGAGUGAUUGUAAGCUUGAGGAAGUCCCGGAAGGGAUCGAGUGUUUGGUGUCGUUGGUGAAUCUGAAUUUGUCUCGAAAUAAUUUCUCUCGUCUUCCAAUGAGCAUUUCUCGACUCCAUAACUUGAAAAGAUUGAACGUAAACGAGUGCGAAAAGCUUCUUCAUUUCCCAGAGCUACUACCAAGGAUCUUAAGGUUGAUGUCAAAGGGCUGCAUUUCAUUGAAAGAUUUUCUAGACACUUCAAAAGUUAACCAUUCAUAUUUCAUGGUAGAAGUGAAUCUUCUAAACUGCUACAAAUUGGCUGACAACAAAGGGUUCCAUAAAAUGAUAAAUUCUUGGAUGCGAAAGACGUUUUUACUCAAAGGAACAUUUGACAUCAUGGUUCCCGGGAGAGAGAUUCCAGAUUGGUUUACAUCGACAAAAAUGGGAUCUUCGAUAUGCAUCAAGUGGGAUCAUGACGUGCCAAACGCCAACAUGCUUCGCUUUGCGGUCUGCGUUGUUUGUGGAUCAAGCAACAAAAACGACAACGUNUAA